CCUUUUGCCCCCACCCCCAUAGUUCUGUCCACCAGGUCCAGUGACAAUUGGAUGAUGCAGCCUUGAUAAUCAUUCCAUUCCAGAAUGGGUGGCUGCAUUCCUUUUCCGAAGGCAGCAAGGGCAUUGUGCCCCAGAAUCAUGCCCCUUUUGUUGCUGUUGUCCGCCUUCAUUUUUUUAGUGAGUGUCUUGGGAGGAGCCCCAGUACACAACCAGGAGCGCCGGACGAAGAUGGUAUCUAUACACAGCCUCUCCGAGCUGGAGCGUCUGAAGCUGCAGGAGACUGCUUACCGCGAACUCGUGGCCAGACAUUUCCUCUCCGAAUUCAAACCUGAAAGAGCUCUGCCUAUUGACCGUCCGAACACCUUGGAGAAGUUGUUUGUGAAUUUGAGAGGACCAGAGAGGGUUGUAUCACUCAAGACAUUUGGCGUUCGCCUGGAAGAGGUCCUAGUGAACGAGCUUACCCGCCGCAAGCAACUUGAACUGACAGCCGCGAUGCAGGUUGAAGAAGCCAACGGUCAGGGUUCGGGCCGUCGUCGGGGAAACGUGGUGCAAAGGAUGUUUGGCCGCAUCAGGCGCUUUUUCAGUCGCAGGAGGAAUGAGCCCACCUUGCCCCGGGAGUUCACUCGCCGUGGGCGUCGAGGUGCAGUGUGCGUGGAUAGUCUGGCUGAGCUGGAAGAUGGGGCCCUGCUGCUGCAGACCCUGCAGCUUUCAAAAGUUUCCUUUCCAAUUGGCCAGCGACUUCUGGGAUCCAAAAGGAAGAUGAGCCUCAAUCCGAUUGCGAAACAAGUCCCGCAGGUUGUUGAGGCUUGCUGCCAAUUCAUUGAAAAACAUGGCUUAAGCACAGUGGGGAUUUUUACUCUUGAAUACUCGGCGCAUAGAGUGCGUAAGCUCCGUGAAGCAUUUGAUCAAGGCCUGGAUGUAGUGCUGGAUGACAAUCAGAAUGUGCAUGAUGUGGCUGCACUCCUCAAGGAGUUUUUCCAUGACAUGAAGGACUCUCUGCUGCCAGAUGAUCUGUAUCUGUCAUUCCUCCUGACAGCAACUUUAAAGCCCCAGGAUCAGCUUUCUGCCCUGCAGUUGCUGGUCUACCUGAUGCCACCCUGCCACAGUGAUACCCUGGAACGUCUGCUGAAGGCCCUGCAUAAAAUCACUGAGUACUGCGAGGACUCAAUUGGCAUUGAUGGACAGCUGGUCCCAGGCAACCGUAUGACUUCUACCAAUUUGGCCUUGGUAUUUGGAUCUGCUCUCCUGAAAAAGGGAAAGUUUGGCAAGAGAGAGGCCAGGAAAACAAAGCUGAGGAUUGAUCAGUAUGUUGCUUCUGUCAAUGUGGUCCGUGCCAUGAUUGAUAACUGGGAUGUCCUCUUCCAGGUGCCUCCCAAUAUUCAGAGGCAGGUUGCAAAGCGUGUGUGGAAGUCCAGCCCAGAAGCGCUUGAUUUUAUCAGACGCAGGAACCUGAGGAGGAUCCAGAGUGCACGCAUAAAGAUGGAAGAGGAUGCACUACUUUCUGAUCCAGUGGAAACCUCUGCUGAGGCCCAGGCUGCUGUCCUUGCUCAAAGCACGCCUUUUGAUGAAGGUUCCUCUGAGGAGCUAGCUCUGCCUUCCGGCACUGCCCGUUCCCAUGACGAUGAGGAAGGAGCGGGUAACCUCCCCAUUCCAGAACAAGACCGCCCAUUGCUCCGUGUGCCCCGGGAGAAGGAGGGCAAAACUGGCACUGGCUACUUCUUUCCUUAGAUGGUUUUCCUUCUACAAGGUGCCGGACAGGGGAAAAGGGUGGGGGUAGACCUGGAAUGUCACAGUUAAUGUUAAGGAGAGAGUGGAGGGUAAAGAUCUGAAGGUAAGAAGGAGUUCCACCUGAUGCUCGGGUCAGGAUGAGAAUUCCAAACACAUUGCCAGCCCCUUCACUGGGGAUGCUUGGUCUUUUCAGCUGGUAAAAGCAGAGAUGUUUCUGUGUCAUGCCCAAGCUUCCAGUGCUACCUUGCCUUUCUCUUUUACCCCUGAUCUUGGCUUUCUCUCUCUACAGACUAUCCUUUAAUUGAUGUGACAUUUGUGGUAAACACCUCUCCCAGGGAAGCUCACAAAUCUCGAGGUGCUUUCCCUCCCCCAAAUGGGAUUGCAUGAUUUUCCUGACUUUCCUACCCUCCUCCUGAAAGCUCAAUUGGGAAGGCCCUCAAGAGGCAUGCUAGAACGUUAGGUCAGCCUACUGACAGCUCACAAUUAAUGAGAAAUAAUGUGACACCAACUUAUAGCUGUGUCACCGCAGCAAUUCCACCCUUGGGAUUUUGUCCCCCAAAUUAUUCAGAUCAAUGGCUCGUCAAAUGGCCUCUCCCAAAUUUCUGUGCAGUUUUGCUCAGGUCACACCAAUGGGGAAACCUCAAGUGUAGAUCUAAUUAGUGUUUCUGAUAUCCAAAGUUAGAGAAAAAAUUAGGUUUUAUUACCUGGAUCUGUUUUAGAGACAAUUGGUGUUCACACCCUGUUUUCAGCAAAACAGCUAGUUAGGUAAGGUCACGUAGUUCCAAGUAGCUAAAGUCAUCUGAUUACAAAUGUUCUUAACGAUCAUCUCUGUAAUUCCUUUACACAGGGCGGUACAAAAUUUUGGGACAUGCUCUGGUAACACACAUAUAUGGGUUAUGUAUGACAUCCAAAAUUACAACUGAUAUUAUGGGUAACAACUGCUAAGGUUCAUAGAAUGAAGAAUGUAUUGUAUUGAGGGAUAGAAAUUGAUCAUAUAAUG